AUGAGCAGCGAGUUCCUGGAGGAGCUGCAUUGGGAGGAUGGGUUUGCCAUCCCAGUGGCGAACGAAGAGAACAAGGUCCUGGAGGAUCAGUUAUCAAAGCUGCAGAAUGAAAGAUCAAGGUUGCAAGAUCAGCUACGUGACUAUGAAGAUCGAAUUAAUGCUAUGACUUCUCACUUCAAAGAUGUUAAGCAAGAGUUAUCAUUUAUACAGUCUCUUUACAAAGCCAGGGAACAUGAGAUUGAAAGCGAAGAGCAUUUUAAGGCCAUUGCCCAAAGAGAACUGGGACGAGUGAAGGAAGAGAUCCGUCGACUAGAAAAUGAGAUGGCUACAAUACAGGAAAGAAAAAGUGAUAAGGAAAAUGGCAUAUUUAAAGCUACUCAAAAAUUGGAUGGUUUGAAAUGUCAAAUGAAUUGGGACCAGCAAGCCUUGGAGACCUGGUUAGAAGAAUCAGCUCAUAAAGAUAGUGAUGCCCUCACUCUUCAGAAAUAUGCACAACAAGAUGAUAAUAAAAUUAGGGCCUUGACUCUGCAAUUAGAAAGACUGACUUUGGAAUCUAAUCAGAGAAGAAAGAUUCUUGACAAUGAACUGGUGGAGACUCUAAGUGCACAGUUAGAAUUGGAUAAAGCAGCACAAGAUUUUCGUAAUAUUCACAAUGAAAGACAAGAACUCAUUCAACAGUGGGAGAACACAAUAGAACAGAUGCAGAGAAGGGAUCAAGACAUAGAUGACUGUGCCUUGGCAUUAAUGAAGGUAAAGCAGGAAAUAAGAGAAAAGGAAAAUUUGGUCAAAGAAAAGAUUAAGUUUUUGGAAAGUGAGAUUGGAAAUAAUGCAGAAUAUGAAAAAAGAAUUUCUGCUGCUGAGCGUAAAGUUUUUAAAUGUAGAAUGGAGUAUCAACACCAUGAAACUAGCAGAAGUCAGCUGAAGGAUGAGCUGGAUUCUUUAAAAGCCACUGUGAAUAGAACUUCCAGUGAUUUAGAAGCUCUGAGGAAGAAUAUUUCCAAAAUAAAGAAAGAUAUUCAUGAAAAAACAGAAAGGUUACAAAGAAUCAAAAAUCAUAAUCAGAUUGUAAAAAAAAAAUUAAGUCACAUUACUGAAAAAACCAUGUCUGUGGAAGAAAAAGCUACCAAUCUGGAGGAUAUGUUAAAGGAAGAAGAAAAAAGUGUAAAGGAAGUAGAAGUUCAAUUGAACAUAGUGAAAGAUGUGCUAUUUAAGAAAGUUCAGGAGUUACAGACUGAGACAAUGAAAGAAAAAGCUGUCAUAUCUGAAAUUGAAGGAACCCGUUCCUCUCUGAAACAUCUCAACCGUCAAUUAUAUAGACUGGAUUUUGAAACUCUGAAGCAGCAAGAAAUUAUGUACUGUCAGGAUUUUUACAUUCAACAAGUGGAACGGAGAAUGUCACGGUUAAAGGGAGAGAUUAAUUCAGAAGAAAAACAAGCCCUUGAAGUAAAAAUUAUUGAUCUUAGGAAAUCCGUGGAACAGAAGAAGGCUACCCUUGGUGUUUUGGAAACACAAAUGAAGAAGCUUCAUAAUGAUCUUUACUUCAUCAAGAAGUCAAACAGUAAAAAUUGUGAUGAAAAACAGUCCCUCAUGACUAAAAUAGAUGAACUAAAUAUUUUUAUUGACAGAUCAGAGAAAGAACUUAUUAAAACCAAAACUUUAAAACAGGAUAUGAUGAUAGAGGACAAUCUUCUAAAACUUGAAGUUAAACGCACUCGAGAAAUGCUUCACAGUAAGGCAGAAGAAGUUCUUUCCCUGGAAAAAAGGAAACAGCAGUUAUGUACUGCUAUGGACGAGCGAACUGAAGAAAUUAAGGUUCAUAAAACAAUGCUUGCCUCACAAAUAAGAUACGUUGAUCAAGAACGGCAAAGCAUAAGCGCUGAGUUUCAUGAGCGACUAAGUAAAAUCAACAAGCUGAAGAAUAGAUAUGAAAUUCUUACUGUUGUUAUGAUGCCUCCUGAGGGAGAAGAGGAGAAAACACAGACCUAUUAUGUAAUUAAGGCUGCUCAAGAAAAAGAAGAACUUCAAAGGGAAGGUGACAGUUUGGAUGCUAAGAUCAAUAAAGCUGAAAAAGAAAUCUAUGCUCUGGAAAACACCUUGCAAGUACUCAAGAGCUGCAAUAACAAUUACAAACAAUCUUUUAAAAAAGUGACGCCAUCUAGUGAUGAAUAUGAGCUAAAAAUUCAACUAGAAGAACAGAAAAGAGCUGCUGAUGAAAAAUACAGAUAUAAGCAAAGACAAAUAAGAGAACUUCAAGAAGAUAUCCAGAGCAUGAAAAACACUUUAGAAGUUAUAGAACAUUUAGCAAAUAAUGUUCAGGAAAAAUUAUCAGAGAAGCAAGCUUAUUCAUUUCAACUACGUAGAGACAUUGAGGAUCAGAAGCCAAAAUUUGAAAGAGUAACUAAACAGUGUGGAAAACUCACCAAAGAAAUUCGUCUUUUGAAAGAAACAAAAGAUGAAACUUUAGAAGAACAAGACAUUAAACUUCGGGAAGUGAGGGAGUUUCACAAGGUCAUUGACGAAAUGUUAGUUGAUGUCAUAGAAGAAAAUGCUGAGAUCAAACUUAUUCUUAAAAAAUACUUUGAACAGAAUGGGUUAGAACUACCCACAGCUGGUCCAAAAAGCAGUCGCCAGAGUUCUAGAUCUCCUUCACAGACUUCCCUGGUGUCAGUAAGGUCAGCUUCAAGUUCCACAAGUAUUUCUCCUUCUCAGACUUCAAUUAAAGUAUUAGCGCUCAACUUCCCGGACUCAGCACCAGGAUUCAGCACUUCUAGUUCAUCUAGUGGCUCUAGUAAUGGUAAAAACAAAAGGAGCAGCAAAUAA